AUGAUUCAACUCUUGGGCUUCUCUGCAUGGAUCACCUGUCCGGACGGGGAGAUCGUCGAAUACGAUACAAUGGUUAACACUCAAGGUGACGUGAUGUAUUGCUGGAUUCCAAGUGAAAUAGAUAAGCCGUUCUCCGUCCACUGGCGGGACCAUGGCGGAGGCAUUGAUACUGCUACCUACAUCAAACUCGACGGGGAGACAGCACCCGGACAAUUCCUCAUGGGCGAAGGAGAAGCGGAACGCUCUGCUAUCCGAGUCGCGGAAAAUGCGGAGAGGCCGUUUCUGUUCUCUGAGGUCAAAGGUGUGGCAGUAUCUAUUCCCUUCUACAACUUAAUCGUGCUGAACGUCGUCGCAGAGCCUAAGCAACAAGACUCGUCUCAACCUCAGGAGCGUCUGCCACGCGAAGCUGAAGUCGGAACAAUCGUCGUGAAGAUCAAACGGGUCAAACGGAUGCAAAGGCGGGCAGCCAACAAGCCCUUGAUCCCACCGAGCGAGGUUAGGGGGCGCCCUGGUCAACCUUGUAUAACGUAUGGACCUCCGCGGCCGAUUGCUGGUCAUCAUAGCUCAACAUGGGACAUUCAGCCGUAUGAUCCGGAGAAAGCAGGUUCCUUCGUGAAAUUCGUGUUCCGGUACAGGUCCAAGGGUGAGCUACCCAUUUCUCCGCCUCUUCUCCAUGGUCUCAUCUUGUGCACGUCAGAGUUCCUCAUUUCCCAAGGUAUCAUGCGUCGGGGCGCACCUCUGUAUCGACCACUCAGCCCUCCUCGCGUUUUGAUCCCGGCCCAUUAUGCCAGCCCGCCAACUACACCGUCGGUGUAUUCUACACCUUCGCCUGCGUUCAGCGUAAGCAAGCUCAGGCCAGAGGCCGACGUCGCAGGCAGCCAGCGUGUGGCUGGUGGACGAAGUGUCAGUAAUCCAGUUAUGCGCGUCCAGGGUCCUAUCACUGCGGAGAACUUCCCUCCUUGCCAAAUCCGGAGGUUCAGUGCAACCCUGAUCGUGCGAGAUGAAACACAGAAUGUCAUUGACCGCCAUCAACGCCGUGGUCUGCCGACAUACUCUUCUACUUCUGCUCAACGACUGAAGGCCCUGUACUCUGAUUUCUCCUUGCAAAAGCAGUCAAAUCCUACCUCAUAUUCCUCAUAUGUCGAGUGGUGGCGACGAACCUUGGAAGCUGUUGUUCUUAAAGGAUGCUUACAUCACGGAGAUGAGAAUCUCACCAAGCCAGAGAGACUUGUUCUACAUGCAAAUGGGUCAACCCUAGCGGACGACUUCAGAUUCGAAGGAGUUGGCAAGCCCCUUGGCUUGCCCACCGUAAUAGUAAGGGAGACAUUCGGUUCUCGUAUACAGUCUGAGCUUUGCGAGACAAAAUCUUACUUCCGACUCUCUGACUUCCUGACUUCCUCAAAGUCAAUAUACGAUCCUGGCUGGCUUCCCUAUCGAGUAGCCUCCUACGUAGUGGGAAAGCCGCUCUGGUGGGCACUGCAGCAGCUCAGCAUCGUUAGCCCGGAUGAUACACUAGGGCAUUCGAACUACACCGAGCGCUGGAAGAAGGUCAAAGGCGACUACGUCGUCAUCAGCCUCUUGGAAAGAGCAGCAGAUAGUGUCAUUGCGAGGCAGCGAGAGCGGUCCGGCUACAAUCUUGCAGACUCGCUGUACAACUUCGAUGGGUUCCGUAAGGCGUUCGCAGAUCAUGCGCUUGAAGGGGUGGUCUUGUCUGACCUAGACCUGAGAGUGCUUAUCCGAUAUCUCCAGCGCGACAAGAAAGUGCUAGCAGUACAGAAGGAUAUGAUCAAGUUCGUCGAGACAGACGAAUCCCCAUCAUUCGAGUUUAGUGCUGUCGACAUUGGUAUCCUGGAACUCAAGUCGGCUGUUGAAAAUCUACAAGGGCAAGUAGACAGCCUGCAAAGCAAGAUUUCCGAGCGGUUGGAGCUAAUAUCGGCGGCGCUCCGCCAUAAGCGGAAGGAAGUCGCUAUGAGCCAUUUGCGUGCUCGAAAGCAGCUUGAGGAUCUGCUCGGAAAACGACUGAAUUCAUUGGAUACCCUGCAGUCCACGCUCCUCCGUGUGGAGGCAUCGGCAGGAGAUGUUGAGAUCAUGAAGUCAUACGAGUCAUCAACUGCGACCCUACGUGCUAUACUGGCACACCCAUCUCUGCAACGCGAGAAAAUCGACGAGACCAUGGAUGCAAUGGCAUCUGCCAACGCAGAUGCGAAAGAGACAGACGAUGCAAUUCGCAUGGGUAUGGAGAUGGCCCAGGCUGAUGCUGGUAUAGAUGAAGCAGAGCUAGAAGACGAACUGAAGGCUCUGCUGGCGGAAUCCGAACGCGAGACCGCAGAGAAGGCCAGGCACGAAGAAGAGCUCAAGGUCAAGCAGAGACUAGCAGAUAGUACUAUCCGAGUACCUUCUUCGAUACCAGCAGUGGAGAUCGCAGAUAAGACAACGGCCCCGGUCGAGAGGGACGACGCGGUGGCGGAGUGA